AAUAAGGAGUCACAAAACCCCCAAGGGUUUGCAAGGAGGUACACCGGAUGCCACAAAGCCUCUGCCUAGCCCCGUCUGGCCAACGUGGGGACUGUGAGCUAGACUUUGGCUUCCUGAUUAGACCAAACUCUACCUUGCUUUUUACCGGAAAAGGCAGCUACAGCAGCAUUCCGCCCCAGGCAGCAGAAGACAGAUCUUAAUCAAGUGAAUUAUCAUAGCUUCAAAGGCCUUAUAAUACCCUCCUAGAAUUUUCUGAACCAGGAACUGCUUGUGUGGUCAAGUAUAUAUUAAAGACUCUUUCUUGCUCCAGAUCUACCGUGGGCUCCCUGUUGGCGUCCGAGUUAGGUUGGAAAUUCUACGAUGCAGAUGACUAUCACCCGGAGGAAAAUCGAAUGAAGAUGGAAAAGGGGAUCCCGCUGAAUGACGAGGACAGGAUUCCAUGGCUCUGCAACUUACAUGACAUCUUACUAAGAGAUGUAGCCUCCGGACAGCAUGUGGUUCUAGCCUGUUCAGCUCUGAAGAAAGUGUACAGAGACAUCUUAAUACGAGGAAAAGAUGGUGGACCUCUGAAGUGUGAGCAGAUGCGGAAGGACAAACAGCCAGCUGAGGUGAAGCUCCUCGUGGUCUAUCUGAGUGGGUCGUUUGAGGUCAUCUCUGGACGCUUACUCAAAAGAAAAGGACAUUUUAUGCCCCCUGAGUUACUGCAGUCCCAGUUUGAUACUCUGGAGCCCCCAUCAGAUCCAGAAAAUUUCAUCCAAAUCAAUGUGGACAAAAAUCUUUCAGAGAUAAUUGCUACAAUUAUGGGAACUCUAAGAUAACAUGAAAACUGCUUCAGAUCAGUGGUCUGGAACAAUCAGGCAGAAAUUUCUAUCCCAACUCAAACUAUGUUCUAGUAUCUUUGUCAAUACUGUAUUCUAACAAACCAUAGUGUACUGAGAUAUGUGUGUUUGUGUAUGAUUUGAGGAAUCUGUGGUACUCUUGUCAUUGUGCUCUGGCACACUGGGAGGAGACAGGAGGGAACUUUGAAAGUAAAGCUUCACAGAAACUCGAAUAUGAUCAGAGGGAAUUCUAUAAUCAAUGCUGUAAAUCACGACCUUAUUUAGAACAUUCUUGAUCAUGCCUAUAUUUGGACAAAUAAAUGAAACUUGGCUAUC